AGGGUGGCCGUGGACCCCCGCGCCACCGCGGGCUCUUACAUCGCGUCGCAGUCGGUGCGGAAGAUUCUGGAACUCAACCCUCGUCUGCUGGGCACCAUGGCGGGCGGCGCGGCCGACUGUGCCUUCUGGCAACGUUUGGUGGCCAAACAGUGUCGCGUGUACGAGCUGAGGAACAAGGAACCCAUUUCCGUGGCCGCGGCCUCCAAACUCUUGGCCAACAUGGUGUACCAGUAUAAAGGAAUGGGAUUGAGUAUGGGAACCAUGGUGUGCGGCUGGGAUAAGAGAGGGGCAG